AUGCCUACAUAUCCCAUCCGUCGUCGGCCGCGUGAAUGUAAAACCUGCCUUCCGUGCCGUGCCAGCAAGGUCCGCUGCGAUCGCAACGUGCCGUGCAGCAACUGUGUCAAGCGCAACUUCACCUGCUCCUACGGUCGUCCUCCCCCGACGGCUCCCAGGCCAUCCUCCUUCAUCCCCGACCACUUCGCCUCCGCCGCCCCAACCCCUGCGACGAAUACGAAUACGCCCCAAUUCAUCCCCCCCGCGUCAUACCUGUCUACCGCCGCCAGUGACGCCUACGGGCCUGACCCGGGCUCGGUGAGCUCCGCCAAUCAGGAGGGAAUACCGGAUAUUGUCACGCUGUCGCAGGAGGAAUGGGACGAGAUAAACUCGAAGAUGCGUACGAUGGAACAGAUCCUGACGAGUCUGGGGUCUCUCUUCCAAACGCAUGCGGCACGGAAAGGCGCCGAGCCCCAGACAGACGUAUCCCAUACGGAGGAAGACGCCUCGCCCGCUUCGGAAGGCGUCUAUGGGCCAACUACGAUGAAGACGGGGUCGGUCCACAUAGGGUCGCGGUCGGCGUUGGUGGACAUUCUCGACAAGUCGAAAGUCUCCGAGGAUACGGCCCAGGCGCUGCCGAAGGACGACCUUCUCACGGAGCUGGCGUUGGGGAACGAAUCCGCCGCCUAUCCCUUUGUUGAUCUGUGGUCGUCAGAUCCGUAUACGUUCAACAUCGCAGGUGUAUGCAACGUGUUGCCCGAUGACGAGCAAUGUCGAAAACUCCUAAAAUUCUAUCGAGACACUGGCGCAGUGUUGUACCCGGUCCUGCCAGACCUUGCUAGGUUGGAAGACAGCAUGAACAGAUUGCUGCAAGGCCGAGAAGCAGCGGGCGGUGUAUAUCGGCCGGAUGCUAAUGGCAUGGUGAAGCCGUUCGGCAUGAGUGUUUCCUUCCUGAGCCUUCUAUUUGCCGUUUUAGCGUCCGGGUCCCAGCUAUCUGAUAUGCCCGGGAAAGAGCGGGAGUUGACUUCGUGGGUAUACGUGUCUUGUUCUUACCAUUGCCUGCGCAUGUUGAACUAUGUGUCCCAGCCGUCCGUGGAGGUGAUCCAGACCCUGUUGGUCAUUGGCAGUGUCUUGUCCUAUAACAUGAAUGCGGGGGCGUCCUACACGCUGCUUGGAAUGACGGAGCGAAUGUGUAUGGUCCUGGGCCUUCAUGUGGAAACAUCGGGGUUUUCGCGCACUGCGCAAGCAGCGCGGAGGCGCGUAUGGUGGGCGAUGGCCUUUCAGAACAGCCACUUUUCCUUGGCGUACGACCGACCGUCCAUCACGAUGAUCAACCAGCCGGAGAUUCCGUAUGACCCCAAAUCCAUGCCCGGGCAUCGAGGAUAUUUCGAGACCCUCUGCCGGAUUAUUUCCGUGAUACUGGAGAUGCUCCGGGGCCUGAUGUUCACGCACCACUCGCACCUGCGAUACCACGAGAUUCGAGACUAUAAGCAACGCAUAGAACGGAUCACCGCCGAGGCUGCACCGCAUCUGCGAUUUCCGGAGCGCUGCAGCACUCCCGCGGAACAUAUCGAACGGACCGAACUGCGACUCCACUCCUCGUAUUUCAUAUCCCUCAUGUGCCGAGUGUCGUUGGAUCCGGAUGUACAGAUGGAUGACCAGCGUCGAGAAAUCGUUCGCGAAGAUUGCCUGACCAAUCUGAUCAACACGAUCGAGGCGUUCAUCGAGCUGCACUCCAUCAAUUCGCACGCGUCGCGCACGUGGAUCAGCCUGCAACGGACGAUCGCGUGUGCGUUCCUUUUGGUAGCGAAUAACAAUGAGCAACUGCACCCGCAGACCUGGGACCUGAUCCAGAAACUGGAGGUGGUCUUGUCGGACCACGUGCAUGCCGAUGGGGAAUCCGACGACAGCACGCGGACCGACUCGGCCAGGCAUCUGUCGUCGUCCCUCCGUGCGCUCCGCGAAGUCAGCGCCGCGUUUCGCGCGCGCAAAAAGCGCAACCGGCUGGCGCCCCCGGAGCCGAUCCACACCACGCCGAGCCUUUCCCCGGCAACGGUGUUCACGUCGCCGUCCUCGACCAGCUUUGGGCCGGUGCCGGCCUACGCCGCCGGGUACAGCGUUUCGCCGGACGGCCACAUUGGCAACAUUCUCAACCAGGUUUCGGAUGUAAUGCUCUUCCCGAACAUGGGCACGGGGAACGCCUGA